AUGGCAUCCGUGCCCCCAAUCCACCUGGUCCUUGAUUGGGACGGCACCACAACCCACAAGGACACCCUGCACUUUCUGGGCAAGAUCUGCGCCGACCAUGCCCGCAGCAGAUCGGAUGGCCCCGCCACCACCACCUGGGACGAUAUCGUAAAAGCUUACGUUGACGACCUCUCGUCCCACGCCUCGUCUUACACGCCCGAGAAGGGCCAGCGUACCACCAUCGCCGAGGAGAAGGCGUGGCUCGCGAGUCUGGCCACCGUCGACUCUCUCAGCGUCCGCCGCGUCGAGGAUUCCGGUCUGUUCAAGGGUGUGACUGCUGCGGCUGUCAGGACCGGUGCCGCCCAAGCAAUCGGGACCGGCGAGCUCACCCUUCGGGACGGAUGGUCGUCUUUGCUCGCCCAAGGCCAGAAGACGACAAUCCUGAGUGUCAACUGGAGUGCCACCUUCAUCCGCGAAUGUCUGCUCGCUGCAGCCGCAAACGACUCUGACUUGAAGGCCGCGGUUGAGCGUGUUUCCAUUGCAGCAAACGAGAUCGCCGGCCUCCAGGAUUCAAACGGCUCUUCUGGUCUGCUCAAUGGACGGAAUGAAGCCACGGGCGACGAAACCGGCGCCAUCCGGACUAGCGCGGACAAGUUCGCCAACAUGCCUACUCCUGUUAAAUAUGGUGGUGAAGAGCUUGUUGUGUAUGUUGGUGAUAGCACCACCGAUCUUGAGGCUUUGUUGGUUGCCGAUGUGGGAAUCUGCAUUCGUGAUGAGGAGCCCAGCAGCGGGCAGCAAGAGUUGGCCGAGGCAUUGGAAAGGGUAGGCGUGGAGCAGCAUCGGAUCAAGCUAUUGGCCGAGAUGCCACCAGCGGAUGACAGCAUAGUUAGGGUGUACUGGGCCAAGAACCUUCGAGAGGUUGCACUUUCUUUGAGCUCCUACUACUGA